AUGGCUAGCGACGCUGAAAUCGCCCGCAAGCACGGGUACGAGCCACCGAACGAGGACUACGAGAAGCUCUUCUUCUGCCAGGCUUCUAUCCCGCGCUCGCAGCGUGACCCAGGCGCCCGUCCGCACAGCGCAGGAUGGCUGAUCCCCGGCCCUGACAAUGCCAGCGUCUGCAAGCCUGUCUUCGUUGCCCACUCGGCCCUCUCGGCGAUCUGGCUGCUGCGCGAGACGCUCGCGGACGAUGCUCUCUCCAACGACAGCUGGGACCGUCUCGUCUGCGCGGCCCAAUCGCUCGCAGAGGAGGGCAUGGUUGAGCCGCCGUCUGCGCAAAAGCCGCCUGCCUCUCCCCUGGCUCGGCGCGAGAAGCGACCAGCACCGUCUGCGCAGGCGUCGUCACCAAAGCGCGCUCGCACAGAAGCAAGCCAUCAGCCAGAGGAGCCGGCCAGCGAGGUGGAAGCGCAGCCAGAUGCGCAGCCGGUGGAGGAGCAGCGCGUUCUCACCACAGUCACCAACAACAACCGCCGCGCCGAGCGGCAACGCAUCAAAGCCUAUGAGGCUGCCCAGGUGGAGCGCAGCCUCGACCUUGGUCUUGUAGCACCAGACGAGAAGGCAGUCGACGAUAAGCGCGGCGCCUACGCUGCUGUGCCAGUUCAAGACAAAGACGUUAUAGCCUGGCUCUUUAAACAGGCCGCUGUCGACAGGCACCAGAAGAAGACCGACUUCUACAACGCUGUCAAGUCGCCCUAUCUCAAGGCGCGCGACUUCUUAGCCAAGGCGCGCGCGCUCGGAAGCCCGUCGUCUCAGGAGCACGCUGCUCACUUCCUGCAGAUCUGGCGAAAGCAGGGCAAGCUCUUCGGCGAUAGCGCGCCUGAGGACUUCUCCUCGCAUGCGCUGCGUGAGCAAGAGCCCUCGAUUCGUCCCUCCGAGCCGACCAGCUUAGAUGGCGUGUUCUGCCGUGCUUGGGACCGCUGCACAGUCUACGAAGAAGUAGUCAAAUCAGUGCACAUCAAGUACAGGUGGGCGCAGGCGCUCCUAGGCAAGGCUAUGAACGACAAGCUCGAGCAGCUCAAGCGCAGCGACAGGCUCCUUAGCAACAGCAAGACAAGUCGCUUUAGCAAGGGUCAACGCCAGACAGAGGCUAUAGACACGCUGAUGCCGCUGGUGUUCCUCAAGCAGAAUCUGUCUAAGAGCGAGCGGGAUCUCUUUCGAAACCGCCUGGCCAAAGCAGUUAAGUGGUACAGGAUCGCUGAAGGCUUAGGCUGGGGCGUGUUGCUGGUCAUGCCAGAAGACGGCGUGGAGGUCUUUAUCAAGCUGCUCAAGCGGGAGCGUCCGGAUGUCUGCCUUGCGGCCAAGCAGUUCGACGAGUGGUUGGGCCCAGAGGGUAUUGCAGGCGGCGAUAUCAAAGGGAAGAAAACGCUAAGCAUUGAGCUGAACGCUCCAGGCACAACGCACAGGGUGGAAGAGAUUGAUGAUAGCGACGACGGCGAUGUCGAAGACGACGACGAUGACAACAAUGAGCAGGUUGAGAUUAUGCAGUCGCAGGCACGCUCAAAGAGCGCGCCUGCUGCUUCGUUGCGCCAGACGACGCUGCCUGAGUUGUUUAAAGCUGUAGCGUGA